GAGCCAAAGCGGGGAAGCCGUUCAGGACCCGCACUUUAGUGCAUCCUUGUAAGGGCCGUGGAUACGCGGGGGAGCAGAUGAGGGGUGCACGGCACCGCGGCAUGUCCCGCCCGUGUGAUCCCGGAGGGCGGGCAACCGCCAUCAGCUCCCGCGGUCCCGCCUCCCGUCCGCAGAGACCGGGCGGGAUGGCGGCGGCGGCGCGGGGCCGGGUGCUCUGUCUCUUCGACGUGGACGGGACCCUGACGCCGGCUCGGCAGAAAAUCGAGCCAGAGGUGGACGCGUUCCUGCGGGAGCUGCGGAAGAGGGUGCACAUCGGCGUGGUGGGAGGCUCCGACUAUGCCAAGAUAGCCGAGCAGCUGGGGGAAGGGGACGAAGUCAUUGAUAAGUUUGACUACGUCUUCGCAGAGAACGGCACAGUGCAAUACAAGAAUGGGCAGCUGGUCUCCAAGCAGGCCAUCCAGGACCACUUGGGGGAGGAGCUGCUCCAGGAUCUGAUCAACUUCUGUCUCAACUACAUGGCGCUGCUGAAGCUGCCCAAGAAACGAGGGACCUUCAUUGAGUUUCGCAAUGGAAUGUUGAACAUCUCUCCCAUUGGUCGGAGCUGCACCCCAGAGGAGCGAAUCGAGUUCUCAGAACUGGACAAGAAAGAGAGGAUACGGGAGAAGUUUGUGGCAGCCUUGCAGAGGGAAUUUGCUGGCAAAGGCCUGCGUUUCUCUCGAGGUGGCAUGAUCAGUUUUGAUGUCUUCCCAGAGGGCUGGGACAAGCGCUACUGCCUCAAUGUGCUCGAUGACGAGAGAUUUGACACCAUCCACUUCUUUGGGAAUGAGACGACCCCUGGAGGGAAUGAUUAUGAAAUCUAUGAUGAUCCCCGCACUGUAGGACACAGUGUCCAGUCUCCCCAGGACACAGUCCAGCGAUGCCGCAAAAUCUUCUUUCCAGAAAGAGCAAAUGACAGUUGCAUUGUGGUGUGUGCCCACAAUGAUGACACGUCACAAACUUGGUGCUCAAAAGGAUCCCCUACAGGGAGAUGUCAUCUUCGUAGUUCCCCAGGGUACACAGAUCUCAUGUCUGUGGACCUGGAGAAUGUUGGAGGUUUCUGCAAACUCUCCCCCAGUGUACUCCAGGAGUCUUACCCCAUCCCUGCUGCUGGACUGAAGAGAGAAGUUUUUCAGCUGGCUACUGCCACCCACGCAAGGCACCACCAUUCUCCUCAGGCGAGAGACACUGGUGAUUUUAGACCCAGGGCAGGGCUCCCACACUGCCAUGGGCAGAGUUCCUGGUGGCCCUUGGCACUGCUGCUUGGCCACAGGAGCAGGGAUACUGCAUGACCAAUGCUGGUGGGGGGCUGUCUCCUCCACCUGACUGCAUCUCCUAACUACAACACAUCAGAUCUUGGAUGCAGCAUAUUUGCAUGAGCACAGCAAUCUGCCUAGCAUCCAGAAAUCCCCAACAAAUCCAUCAAUUCCUCCUUCUACCCAGGGAAGAUUUCUGUGUGGGAGAAGAGGAACUGUUGGAGAAGCUUGUAUGCAGGAUACCCUUUUCACAGGUCAUGGGUUUUGGCCCUCCACUGCAAUCUUCGUGGAGGAAUUGUGUUUUGUGAUUCCUUCCUCUCUGUUUCAGUGUGGUUCAGGUUAUAUGUGAGUCUUGGAGAGCUUAUUUUUCCUGUAAACUCUGUUCAUAGCCAGCAGGACCUCUAGUGAGCUUAGUGAUGAGUGAAGAGCCGGGUCUGGCCCUGUGGGCACUGUGGUGGCCUUGGGGGCUGAGGUGACUUGCACCUUUGAAGGAAAAGGCAUUUCAUGUCUGUCCCUGAGAUGCCUUUGCCAUGAUGCUCCUCUCAUGGUAGGUGCCCACAGCAUAAGUGAGGUUAUGCCCUAUGGAUGUGAGCAAGCAGAUGUGGCAGGCGCCACACCGAGGACUGUCUUGCUGUAUGGAUCCAUAUCAGUGUGAGAUGGGCAGCUCCUGUCUGGCUGAUGACAACUGUUAAAUGAGAAAUAUAUUUAAAUACAUAGAUAUGUAUAUUUUAAAAAAUUAAAAUCAUUCCUAUUAAAGUCACAACAGGCAGCAGUUGGAAGC